GACAGAUUUCUGUUUUUCUGUGUAUCAUGGAUGUUGAGAUUAUUGAGAUGUUGGGAUAUUUUUUUCAAGAGACAUUCUGAUUUCAGUUUUGUAUUUAAUCAACAACUACAUACAACCAAUGUAAACUGUUUAAACAAGUCUACCGGUUUUGAUUGUGUGUAAAUUUUAAAAUAGAUAGAAGCAAUCAUGGCUGAAGAUACGGCGCAUUUAGACAAUGCAAAUGAAUUUAUUGAAAAUCUGUCUCAAGAACUACAAGAGCUAAUUACCUAUCGUGAUAUGUUUUUCGAAAACAACCCUAUAGAAAAGGCAAAGGAUAAACAUAAAUGUGUUGAAGAGAAAAAGGAAAAGUUGAUAGAAAAGUUUGAAAAUAUUGAUGUGGAUACACAAAUACCCUUCUCUCUGAGAGCAAAAUUUCAGUACCUAAAGGGUAGAUGUUAUAAUGUAAGUCUCAAGUAUGACGCCCGAGCCACACAGUGCUUAAGUAAAGCUGUUAAGCUGAAUCCACACAUGGUAGAGGCUUGGAAUGAACUGGGAGAAUGCUAUUGGAAGAAUAUUAAUGUUAAAGAAGCAAGGGCCUGUUUUGAAGGAGCUUUAAAGCAUGAAAGAAAUAGAAUAACACUCAGGUGUCUCUCUAUCAUACUCCGCCAAGAAGCCAGCUCAAGGAAGGACAAUGAAGCCACACAAAUGAUAUUAAAAAGUGUAGAUUACGCCAAGGAAGCAGUAUCACAAGAUAUAAAGGAUGGACAAUCGUGGAUUAUACUAGGAAACUCAUACCUAUGUCAAUAUUUCACUGUAUCACAAGAUCCAGCGAUAUUGAAGCAGUGUAUGAGCGCUUAUAAACAGGCGUAUUUGGAUCCAAUUGCUAGAGGACAGCCGGAUUUGUAUUAUAAUAAAGCUAUUGCACUAAAAUAUGAAGAGAACUACAGUGAAGCCCUCGAGACGUUCAAUCGAGCGUGUGAUUUAGAUCCUCUAUGGAUGCCGCCAGACAGAGAGAGGAUAAAGCUCAGACAGUUUUUAGCUAGCGCCGUGGAUUUGUUGCGAACACGAGGCAAGAUAAAGUGCAAGCGAUUGGCUAAUAUGUUGCAGGCGGUCGACAAAAAGAUGCUAGGUGACUAUACCCCAGGAUCAUUUGUCACCAUCGGCUCUCGUCGCGAUGUUAUUCUUGAGCAAGUGCGGAUAGAUGCGUUACAAGAGGGAGCGAAUGAAAACAAAGUUAUACUGGGAAGAGUUGUGGGAUCUAUACAUAGUGAGAAUGCUGUGCCUUUCGCAUUCGGCAUAAUAGACGAGAGUAUGAAAUGUAUGGUGGUUACCGCGUAUAACUGGGCGGCCGGUAGGGGCACGCUUAUUGGGGACUGGGUGGCCAUACCGGAGCCCUAUGUGAGGACACACAAUAUUGUUACUCCGGAGAUGAAGUACAUGUUCAAAUCGAUCCGAGUGAACAAUCCAAUGACGCUAUUCGUGAACGGACGUCGAGUUGAACGGGCUCAAGUUGCCGGCACGAGAGUAUCCAGUACUUAUGAGAUGCACUGACGGCGGGUUACUCGCCGAUGAGGCGAUUUGUCGUGAGGUCGUGUCGUGUGGGGUUGGAGGACUUGUUUGUUAGUGAAGUGUUGGACGAUGUGUCGUGGGGUGUGAAGUGUUAUGUCGGUUUAGACGAUAUGUCGUACAAUGGUGGUGUGUGUAAUGCGUGAGGUAACGAUAGUUUACCAGGGUAUACGAUAUUAACUAUGAUCUGAAGUAUACGGGCAAUGUCGGUAUACGAUUUAUCGUGAAGUGGUGUAGUGUCGUGCGAAACUGAUUAGUUAUACGAUAUCGAUACGAUAUGUCGUACGGUGUAAACUGUGUGAUGUGUUUAUUAUCAGUGAAAAUGUGAACAUCGUGGCUCGAACGACUUCUUACAAUAGUCGGACAGUCGUCUUAGUUUACGAUAUUAGAUCGUAAAGGUACAAAUAUGUAAAGUGAUUUCAUAAUGACUGAUUUGUGAAUGUUUUGUAUGUUGUAUCGUAGGUAUGUCGAAACGACUGGUGCGUGUAGUUGAUAAGUCUUGUAUGGCAAAAUAUACUUUAUAUGUUACAAUAUUCAUGUUUAUACUACACGAUAUUGAGAAAAAUUUAUCGUACGAUGUAUGUUUUUAAUUCUACUAUCUGUAUAGCCCAAAAUGAUGUUUAACUCUUGCACUAAAUAAGAAAUUAUAAGUUAUAAAAUGACUAUUACAAACAACCAUUUUUAAUAGUUUUUCUACAACUACUUAUAUCCAUUGUAGUAGUUGGAUUUACUAAACUAUUUUCUAUUUUAAAUACAUGUUUAGACUAUAAAUUUUAGAUUUAACGAUAUUUCUGUAAAAUUAUAUAAUUGUAUACAUAUCUCGUAUGUUGUAUGUUUUUAACUUUUUAGGUCAAUAACAUCUCUUUGACUAUAAUUUAUCAUCUAUUCAUCUAUUUCUAUAAAGGUUAUAGUGGUAAUAAUAAACGGCUCGUUUAUAUGUUGGCAACAAAAAUGUAGAUUAAAUUUUACAUAAUAUGUAACUAGUUACGUAUUGAUAAAAAAAAGAAACAUUAAUAUUUGAUCUGCUUUUUUGUAAUCCUAUCUUUAAAACGCUUAUUUUAUUAUUAUUUAGUUUUACCUAUAUAUAUUCUAAAUAAUGUAAAUGAAAUACAUUAAUGAGAGCUUACAUUACUACUUAUUAUGUCGUAAUAAAUGUCUAAAUAAAGUACACAUUAUUCACAUUAAAGUAAAAAUUCAUGACCUUUGUUAAAUAAAUGUAACUAAAAAAGAAAGCGAAGUCACGAAACAUAACUAGUUAAAUGUACAGACGGAAACAGGGUAAGAGAUAUGGAAAGGAUGGUUCGCAAAAAAAAAAAAUAUUUCUUACUUUUGCCUUUGUUAGUAUUGUAAUGAAAUACAGUGAAACUUGGUUAAGUGGGACCUGGAUAAGUGAGAAACCUCCAUAACUGGAACUCAUGCUGAGGUCCCAACACUUUGGCACUGAAUUAC